AUGUCGACUGUUGGAGAAGGCAUACGCAAGGUGCAGGAGACCCUUCAGGGCCUAUAUCCUCACGACAAGAAGCUGGCGGACGUCGCAAAGGAUACGUGUGAUAUCCAUACUGCAGGCUCCAUCACCACCGACCAUGGCACCAAGGUCGAAAAUACGGACGAGUGGCUGAGGGCUUCUGAUAGCUCUCACUCCGGCCCGUCUAUGCUGGAGGAUCAGAUCGCUCGAGAGAAGAUUCACCGGUUUGAUCACGAACGGAUUCCAGAACGAGUCGUUCAUGCUCGUGGGACUGGUGCGUUUGGCCAUUUUAAGCUCUUUGAGAGUGCUGCGGACGUCACUUCGGCGGGCGUUCUGACGGAUACGUCUCGCACGACGCCCGUGUUUGUUCGCUUUUCUACCGUCCAGGGAAGCAAAGGGAGUGCAGACACUGUUCGAGAUGUCCGUGGCUUUGCCGUCAAGUUCUAUACUGAGGAAGGAAACUGGGAUCUGGUGGGAAAUAACAUUCCCGUCUUCUUCAUCCAGGAUGCCAUCAAGUUCCCAGACUUUGUGCAUGCUGUCAAGCCGGAACCUCACAAUGAGGUCCCCCAGGGCCAAACUGCCCACAACAACUUCUGGGACUUUGUCUAUCUCCAUCCAGAGGCAACUCACAUGUUCAUGUGGGCCAUGUCUGAUCGAGCAAUCCCACGAUCAUACCGUAUGAUGCAAGGAUUCGGAGUCAACACCUUCGUUCUCGUCAACAAGGAUGGAAAACGCCAUUUCGUAAAGUUCCACUGGACCCCGGAGCUUGGUGUCCAUUCACUUGUCUGGGAUGAGGCUCUUAAGAUAGGAGGCCAAGAUCCCGACUUCCACAGAAAGGACUUGAUGGAAGCUAUUGACAACAAGGCUUAUCCCAAAUGGAAGCUGGGGAUUCAAGUCAUCCCUGACGAUAAGGAGCAUGAUUUCGAGUUUGAUAUCCUUGAUGCAACUAAGAUCUGGCCCGAGGACUUGGUGCCGGUCAGGUACAUCGGUGAGAUGGAGCUAAACCGUAAUAUUGACGAAUUCUUCCCUCAGACAGAGCAAGUGGCCUUCUGCACCAGCCACAUUGUUCCCGGUAUCGAUUUCUCAAACGAUCCUCUCCUCCAAGGCAGAAACUUUUCUUACUUUGACACCCAACUCUCUCGCCUGGGAACCAACUGGGAGGAGCUCCCCAUCAAUCGCCCAGUCUGCCCCGUGAUGAACCAUAACCGCGACGGACAAAUGCGCCACAAGAUCACUCAGGGAACCGUCAAUUACUGGCCGAACAGAUUCGAUGCAUGCCCUCCUGCAAAGCCCGGGGAGGGAUUCCACUCCUUCCCUGAGAAGAUAAUGAAUAUCAAACAGCGAACUUUGAGCAAGAAGUUCCGUGAGCAUAUCAACCAAGCUCAGCUGUUCUACAACUCACUCACCCCUUACGAGAAGAAGCAUGUUCAAAAUGCUCUUGCAUUUGAAUUGGAUCACUGUGACGAUCCAACCGUCUACACUCGAGUAGUCCAGCGUCUGGCCGAGAUUGACCUCCCUCUCGCAAAGGCCGUUGCGCCUCUUGUCGGAGCAGAAACGCCCGAAUCGUCACCUCGUCCAAACCAGGGCUUGAAGACAAUCAACCUGAGCCAGGCAGAGAUCAACGAGAAACACCCCCAGGCUGGCGGUGGAACUCCGACCAUCAAAUCCCGUCGUAUUGCUAUUCUAAUUGGAGAUGGCUAUGACCCAGUCGCCUUCAUCUCUGCCAAAACAGCAAUCAAAGCAGCCGGAGCUCUACCCUUUGUCAUUGGAACUAAGCGCCAGCCUAUCUUCGCCGCACACCAGCAUAAGGAGACCGACAAGGGCAUCAUUCCUGACCAUCAGUAUGACGGUGCGCGCUCCACCUUGUUCGACGCCGUUUUCAUCCCAGGAGGCGAACAUAUCCGCAUCCUGAGCAAGAUAGGCCAGAUUCGAUACUGGAUCGCAGAAUCAUUCGGCCAUUUGAAGACCAUCGGCGCCACGGGUGAUGCGGUCAAUCUUGUCGCUCAGGUGUUAGGUAAUGAUGUGCCGCAGCUUGAAUUUGCGGAUUCGUCCUCUGCUGGAGUUGUGGAGAGCUACGGCGUAGUUACCAGCUGUAAGCUGCAUGAGCCUGAGAGCUUGACGGAGGGAAUCAAAAUCUUCAAGGACGCCGGUGAUUUCUUGGGGAAGUUCUUCUAUCAUAUCUCGCGCCAUAGGAAUUAUGAGAGGGAGCUUGAUGGACUGGCUGCUUCGCUUGCUUGGUAG